UCUAGAAUGACUUCAACAAGAAACGCGAAAGUCACUCAAGAGAGUAAGAAAAACUAAAGCUGUUUGUUGUUAAACGGCGUUAAUUACACUACAAGUUCUUCUUUAUUUUGCAAGUAAUUUGUUGACAGGUAUGCAAUACGAUCUUUGUGUCCCACUUAAAUGUUGGCAACGCAGGAAGAAUAUGCACUGGAACUGCGCAGGAGGAUUAUGCACUGGAACGUGCAGGAAUAAUAUGCAAUGGAACUGCGUAGGAGUAAUAUACACUGGAACUGCGCAGAGAGAUCAUGCACUGGAACUGCGCAGAAGGAAUAUGCACUGGAACUGCGCAAGAGGAUUAUGCACUGGAACGUGCAGGAAUAAUAUGCAAUGGAACUGCGUAGGAAGACUGUUGCGAGCAGUUUCUUUUCAUAGGGGCACAUAGAUUGAGGAAGACAAAUUUCAAGUCAUUUUGCUUUUUAUUGGUAGUUAUGACGCAAAUAAAUUGGGUUUCGAUACCUGUGGUGGGAAGAGCACAGAUGGUCCAUUAUGUAGGUUUGUGCUUUACAAUAAUCAAACAAAAUCAUUCAUAGGUAAAAUUGUGCUGAACCCACACCUGCAUACUUUCAUACACCAGCUUAUACAGUAGCAAUGUGCUGCAAAAUCCAAUCACAGAAUAGUUUUGCUUUUACUGUCAACGUUCAAUAAAUACGUUGUUGUUCGUCACUCCUGUGGUUAUAUCAUUCAUCAUUAGAUUACGUUUUCCGCCUCAUGAAUCUGUUACUAGCAGUGUGUAAAAAUAUGGUCACGCAGGAUAUUAUGACAGUGAAAGUUAAACAAGGUGAUUAAUAAAAUCAAAAAAAAACAAUAUAGCUACCGUUCAGCAUAUACGAAUAACAAACAAAACAACUGUCAUUGGUGUACGCACCAAAUAUAGAACCACUGUGAACAUCCUUCAACACUAACCUGUAGCUGAACUGACAAGAACUGCAACUGUCAUUGGUGUAGGUACGCACCAAAUAUAGAACCACUGUGAACAUCCUUCAACAUUAACCUGUAAAUGGACUGACAAGAACUACAACUGUCAUUGGUGUAGGUACGCACCAAAUAUAGAACCACUGUGAACAUCCUUCAACACUGAUCUGUAGCUGGACUGACAAGAACUACAACUGUAAUUGGUACACGCACCAAAUAUAGAACCACUGUGAACAUCCUUCAACACUGACCUGUAGUUGUGCUGAUGAGAACCUAUUUUACUUAGAGCUGUAGUUCUCAUCUAGUCAUGGUAAAAGUUUAUUAAAAUGUGAACAAAAUAUGUUUUACAUUUAAUUCAGUCAUUUUGCAACGUUUGUAGUGACAAGGAAAACACAAUAUUUCUAAACGUUGAAACGGAUAAAGCAACGAGAGAAACACUGAAUUAGAACAACUUGUGGUCUAAGUUAAUCUAAGGUGGAAACGCAUCAUUUAAAGGCUAACCCUACUUUCCAAAACUACUGUCUUGUGUGAUGAGCUGGUAUUGAUCGUUACAUCCUUUUAAUGUCUUCUCCAAUGUUUAACCGUUUACAACUAGCACUAAGAUGUUCAAUAGGUAAUUGACUUCUUCCAUCUUGUUUAAUAUAUCAACUUAUGGCUUAAAGGAAGACUAAAAAUAGGUUAAAGUGACUCACCUAAACUGAUUUUUUUGGGGGGACUCUCAAAUACAAUGAGAAUUUAAUACAGCUUUAACAAAAAAAUUUCUAUAGUUCUAGCUUAAAAACACACUCUCACAUGCUACCUAUCACUCUAAAGUAUUUUAGGUUAUUAGUGGUGAAUAAAGGACUAUAUAUGAAACCAAACAAACUGCUUACAUUCCAUUACUACAUUAGGCCUACUUUAUUUAUUUUCUUCGCUCUUUCAAGCAGAACUUAUGAGUUGGAAAUACAGCGAAACUUCUGCAACAGAAGUAACGAAUCAAGGAACGGAUUAGGCCUUUAUGUCAUCGUUCCUUCGCCGAAAUUCGCGUUUUGAAGAUGAAAAUAAAUCCACAAAUAAACAGUUGCGUCUAUUGGUGAGCGCUAUUAUUAAAAUAUAAUACAGCCAAGGUUUUGGUGCUGCAGGAGCGAUCCGGAACAACGUUCAAGCACUUGUAUUCUAGCAAUGGAAAUUAGGUUUUGAAUAUGAAUUCUGUCAUCUGCUAACGACAUCACACGUAUGCUAGAAAGUUUAGUAGAGCUCCGACACUAUAAAAUUUAGCACUACAUCAAAUGAAUACAUUGUAGUAAUAUUUUUGAGAAUUAUAAUUUUCAUUACUUUUUUUUACUAAAUGUAACAAUAACCUACUACACAUACGUUUUGAUGUACAAAAUCGUAUCCAACAAUACUGCUAAAAGAUUCUUUUCAUCUCUGUUAUUUUAUCAGCAUUGUUUUAAUAAAUCCUGUUUUGUCUAAUUUCUUCGUAAUACAAUUAACAAAUGAAAUUAUUAAACUACUGAACUGGUUUAAUAAGAUAAAAUACUGACCGGAAUUAUGUACAAAUUGAGGAAGAAAAUAUUAAAAAGAAGCAGAGUAAAAUUUUUUUUCUUGUUAUUUAUAUUUUAUCAUGACCUCUAUCUGUCAUAGAUACAAAAUCUCGUCUGAUAAUCUCUUGGACGUGGUCCAUGAUGCAGAGAAGUUGUGUGGGCCAGCUAAACAAUCCUCUGAAGGAAAUAAAGCCAUAAAAUUAAGAACUGAACCCACCAAUUUCGGCUUUUCUUAGUUACCUUAAAUAGACGAAUGAAACAGGCCGCCUCGUUCUAGCCAAUAGCGUGAGCAUAAAGCAGGUUCUGAAUUCCAGCUCAAGACGUCGUCUUUGCUGACCUUCCUGGCCACGCCGAACACCUACCAAGACGACGACAAAACUUUAGUUAGACGUUAGACGGUGUUUACCAAGGGACCUGCACACGAGGAUAUACAGAAGCUGUGCGUGUGUGUUUACGCGCAGAAGCUUGUCGUUUAUUUGUAAAUCAGGCUAGAUUUGUGAGAUAUAUUCGUCGUCCACCGAUAAUUGAGAGGAGAAUCUAUAGAAAUCACCAUGGAGAAAAACAUUUUUCGCUGGCUUGAUUUCGUUGUCCUCCUCUUUAUCUUAUCAUCUGGAGGAGGUCAAAACGUACUUCACUUCAGGGACAUGCCUGACAGCCUCCGAUACAAUGUAGUUAACGACAGAAAUCUUGUGACGACAGAGAAGAAAGCCGAAGAAGUUCUCUCGCGUUACGGUUACCUCCGCUGUGGAUCACGAGAGAAACGGGAUGUUGUGUUUCGGUUUGGAGAGGUGAGCGAAGCUCUUGCCGAAGAAACUCAUUCGAGCCAGACCUGCUCAGAGACGGAUAUCGAGGAAGCUAUCCGGCGUUAUCAACGGACAUACAACAUGCCGGAAACGGGUCGUUUAGACGCAGAAACGAUGCGGGUUAUGAGCGAAUCUCGCUGUGGCAAUGCUGACGACGAGUCGGCGGCCGUCCCUUUUAAGUCGCUGGACAUUCGGAAAGAUCUCUAUUCUAUACUCACGCCACCUAUUAGCCGAAACAAAAGAGAGAUUGUACAAGAUUCGAGUUUGCGGGACCAGAUUCUUGAUGAAAUAGGUUUAGCUCCACAAGCCGAACCCCAAGCUCUCAUCCCGACAGCCCCUGGAACUACGGUCUCCAGAAGACGACGAUGGUUGAAAAAAUACAUAAAACAAAUAGAAAAUGGUGAACUGGACAGGAAAGAAGAUGAAGACUUUCAAAAAAAUAUUCAACAGCGGAGAAGAAAAAAACGAUCAACUGUGACAGGUUUAAAAAAUCAAGCUUUUACAACGAUCGUUGUUAGGUGGAGGCUUAUCAGAUCGGCAACAAGCAGACAAUUACCAGUCACCAAACAGAGGGCAGCACUAGCACUGGCCUUUCGUAUGUGGAGUGAAGUGAUCCCGCUUCUCUUCAGAGAGGACAACAAAUCUCCUGUAAACGACGUGGAUAUUCUAAUCGCGUUCGGAAAACGUGACCAUCUGAACUGCCCCAAUCACUUUGACGGUGCUGGUGGUCAGCUGUCACAUGCAAUCAAAUUAAAAACAAACGCCGAGAUCCACGUGGACGAUGACGAGCACCUGACUGUUGGUUCAGAUCAUGGAACCAAUCUUGUGAAAGUUUCUGUGCACGAGAUUGGGCACGCACUGGGCUUGCUUCACACAAAUCUCAGCUACUCCAUCAUGUAUGCCAUUUACUCGCAGAUAAUACCUAAUAACAACUUCGAGCUCGGGUGGGAGGAUCGCAAGUUGGUCCAGAAGAUUUACGGAGAUUGUGAUGGACGGUUUGAUACAGUAUUUGACUGGGUUCGGAGAAGAGAUGAUGGAGAGCUUAUCUACAACACUUUUUUCUUUCGUAAUGACCAUUACUGGAUGUAUGAAAACCGAUACAACCGGACCCGCUAUGGUGACCCUCGGAAUAUCAAGCCAGAAUGGAAAAGUCUUCCCGAUAAGAUAGAUGCUUACGUUCACGUUUGGACUUACACUAAAAACGAGGCUUACUUCUUUAAAGGUCCUUACUACUACAAGUAUGAUAACGGAAAACAUUCAGUCAUUGAAGGUUACCCUAAAAGUAUCAAAGCCAAUUUUCGUAGCAUCCAAGGUUCCCGGUUCCCAAACAUACCCGGAAACAUCGACAGCGUGUUUUUUGACCAACGUGAUGGAAACUUGUAUUUUUUCAAAGGAAAAUUCGUUUAUGCUUAUGACGUAAAUCGUGGGAAUGAAGGUUGUUGUCUCCCAGGAUAUCCAAAAGAAAUCACCAAAGAAUUUCCGGCCAAAAGUCAUGAAUCCAGUCUUCCAGACAAUUUGGAUGCUGUAUAUUAUUCGUAUACACACCAUUCAAUGUUCUUUUUCAAAGGAAAUCAGUUCUGGAAAAAUCUAGCUUUCCAACCGCUAGGCAGGGAGCGACUAAAUGAGAUAGCCGGGCCUUGGCCAAUCUCUUCCAAAUGGUACGACAUCUGCGAAGUAGAUCUGUAAUGACGUGUCAGUGAUUGUGUUUGUAUCUAAGGUGUUGCUAACGGCAACGCAGAUUAAAUAUCUUAUGACGUCACCAGCAGUAGCACGAAUCAAAUGUUGAUGGUUGGUUAUGACAACUGGACUUAUUAAUUAGUUUUCGGUAAUCUCGCAGAAGACUGUUAGAUCAAGACUUUUAACUUGAAACAUGUUAACGAUUUAAGCUGUUACUGCAGGUAAAUAACGCUAUAUAUGUUGCGAUCCGUGUUUCAUUCAUUAAAGACAACAUAAGUAUAUAGUAAUAGCACGAAUACGUAAAGUGUAAUAACGUGGUUACACAUUUACAAACGUAGGAAAUGACUAUAGUUAUUAAUCCAAACCUACACAAGAAAUGGUGAAAUAGAAAUAAUUCUAGUUUGUUUGUUUUUUAAACUUUGAGAAUGAGAUACAGUUUCUAUUAACGAUAAUAUCGCCUUACUGUAUCACCGUAAAAGUUUGUUUUAAAGUUAUAUGUAUAGUGUUUUAACACUACUUUUGCUCACACAAUGAUUCUAUAUUUAUAAAGGAAUUUCAAGAAUAUGUAUCAUUGAUACUACUAUUUUAUCUUUGUGAACUAUUCAUGAAGCCUGGUUUUGUUAUUUCGAUUUGCCCGGUAUGACUAAGUGACAGUGGUAAAUCGUAUGAUAGGUUGGGCUCCACAUUUAUUUGUUAGUGUUUUAACGUUAGCCUUAAAGCUGUUUAUAAAGAAAUGUGUAACGUAUGACGACUGGUCAUACAAUACACGGUUUUCUACAGAUACGAUUUUGAAACGGACCUGAAGUUACCUGUAUACGUUCUCCGAAAAUUGGAGAUAAAAAAUAAAUCCUUCAAAUAUUGUCGCUAGUAAUGUCUUGUAAGCAGCAUUUAAAAUUAAUUUAUAAAAGUUUUGUUCGCUGUCCUCUAAAUAUUGUAAGGGUAAGGAAAGUCACGUAAACACACGCACGUAGACCUAAGUAAUUUUGUCAGAAUCUCGAAAAUCUGUUAUUAUUUAUCUUCUUUUUUUUUGUUACAAAUUUCCUUUGAAAGUAAUUUUAUGUAAGAACGACUGAUACUAUGCUGUUUGCUUUUACACUGUCGUGUACUUUUAGAUAUAUCUUAACCAUUUAUUCUCGAAAGUAAAGCUUGGAAUGAAUAAUACCCUUUGUCUUUAAGGCCUGUGUGACCUUAUGACACAUUAUCUAACUGAAAAUGUAAAAGUAAAAAUAUAGAACUUUUAAACUUUGAUCUUACUCAUAUGAUACAUAUUUGUAUAUUGAUUUUAUUAAUUAAAUCAUACAUUUACUAGAUAUAUAUAUAUAUAUAAAUACCUUUUAUUUAAAGAUUUUAUGAGUUAUACGUUAGGCCUAUAGACUUAUACGUUAAGCCUAUAGAGUUAUACGUUAGGCCUAUAGACUUAUACGUUAAGCCUAUAGAGUUAUACGUUAGGCCUAUAGAGUUAUACGUAAAGCCUAUAGAGUUAUACGUUAGGCCUAUAGAGUUAUACGUUAAGCCUAUAGAGUUAUACGUUAGGCCUAUAGAGUUGUAUAUCCUGUAGACCUAUGUUACAAUUAGUUCAAUAUUUUGUAGGUCUGUUGGCGGCAGCCUUUUUCGGUGAUCAUCAAUAGAAUCGCGUGCCCAUAUAUUUAUAAUAUUUCAGAACAUAUAAAUCGAAAAUUUUAAAAUUAAAGAAAGGAUUGGUUGCAUACAGAGGUACCAGUUGUUAGCAAUACGACAAAAAUUAACAUUUAGUACGUACAUUGACUCGAUAAAUGAAACAGUGAAUUAAACUCCCUUAAUUAAUACAGUACUAGUAGUAACAUCGGCUAGCUAUUAAUUAGUUCAUUCGGUUUGGCACUGGCCUACCGUCAGGACGCGAACCACAAUAGGCCUAUCUAAUAAUAUACAUAUGUAUGAUAUAUUUCGACGCGACGACAUAGACUGUCGAUUAAAAAAAAUUAAAUUAUGAUCAAACUCAGUGUUUUGGAACGAAAUAUCUCCAGUUAUUGACCAGUAUUACUCUGACCUCUGUAAUACAGUAGUAACCAUGUAGUUAUGGGCAGUGUACGUCCCCCUUCCCCUAUAUAUAUAUAUUUACAUAUGUGUGGUUAAUAUGUAGUAACUUUAAUUACUACGUUGUUUUGUAAUACCGUACCUUACGUGUAACUUCAUCCUUCUUUAUCUGUAUAUAUAUAUAUAUAUAUAUAUAAUUUAAUGGAAAUCACGUAGUUUUCGACUACGUACCAUGUUGUCAAAUAGCACUGUUUGGGUGUAGCAUGUGUAGGACUUCUGUUUUUCACCGUAUAUAUAUUUUAGCUGUUUUAUUUAGAUAUCUUAAGAUCCGGGUUUUCUCUUGUAACGCUGUAAUGUCUGUACCACAAUAUAACCGUGUAGUCUCUGCACACCAAGUUAUCUUAUGGAAAUAAUACCAUGUAUAAAACAUAGUUCUAUUUAUAUUAAAGCUUUAUAAGAGAAGUUAAAAUAUGAAAUUAUAGAAACAAACUUAUCAGCAAUGGACGAAACGGUUCAGGGUAAUAUUCCAAGACAAUGUAGUCAUAAAAGUAGCUACAGUUUGUAUGUCCAGUAAACUGAAUAACAAUUUACGGUGUUUAUUGGAAAAACACCGAUAUUUUUUUUUGGGGGGGGGGGUGUUUUAUCGGUGGUUAUUGGCUAAAACCGAAAAUCAGAAGUCCUAAGCAUGUCGUGAGCAAAUAGACGACUUAUUUAAACAGUAUUCCGACCACAACUGUGUUUGUCCUGUCUCAGCCGGAAUGAAGGGAUUCAGCGAAACAAGUCGUCGGUAAUGAAUAUGGUAGACGUAAUGUGGUUGAAAUAUUUAUAUAUAGUCUUCUCCUUCUUGAAGAAACCCUAAAUAAAGAAUGUAGUAUUAAAGUAUAAUGGACCUAAUAUUAAAUGUCUUAAGAAAAGUAUGAUUGAUAAUUCGUCUAUUUAUAUUUCACUGUAAAAUCUAACUUUAAAUUUCGUUUAAAAAAUGGUAAUAUUUCUGAAUUUCUUUGAAUGUGUGAUUGUUUGUAUUUUCUGUAGGACUAAUAUUACGACGUGCCCUUCCCCUACCCGGCUCGCACUUUUCACUCCUAUAACGACAAAAACACUUUAUCCGGAUAAAACUUAAUGUCGCAUUGGAAAACAAAUUUAUCAUGAAUUUUUCUGUGCUUAAAGAUUUAAAGGUUUAAUUUUUCAUUAUUUCUGUUUCACAUAUCUUGGUUAAGUACAGAGUUUUUUUCAAUCAAAGUUAACUGAUCGUGUAUUAAUCUGUAGCCCCCCAGUGGCACAGUGGUACGUCUGCGGACUUACAACGCUAAAAACCGGGUUUCGAUACCCGUGGUGGGCAGAGCACAGAUAGUCCUUGUGUAGCUUUUGUGCAUAAUUAAAAAACAAACAAUUGAUCUGUAAAAUUAUGCUGCCCAAUGAUAACAACAAGGAG